UGGGGGCGGGGCGGAGCGCGGAGCGCGCAUGCGCUUCAGCGCUUGCGCUCUCCCCGGACCGUGCGGGGCCUGAGCCUCUCCGCCGGCGCAGGUUCCGCCCGCGCCAGCGCUCCCUGGCCGCCAUGUCUACCACCAUCAAGCGGGAGUUCGAGGAGCUGGAUGCUCAGUCUCACUGGCAGCAACUAUACUUGGAAAUUCGAAAUGAGUCUCAUGACUAUCCUCAUAGAGUGGCCAAGUUUCCAGAAAACAGAGAUCGAAACAGAUACCGAGAUGUAAGCCCAUAUGAUCAUAGUCGUGUUAAACUGCAAAAUACUGAAAAUGAUUAUAUUAAUGCCAGCUUAAUUGACAUAGAAGAGGCACGAAGGAGUUAUAUCUUAACACAGGGUCCACUUCCUAACACAUGUUGUCACUUCUGGCUCAUGGUUUGGCAGCAGAAGACCAAAGCAGUUGUCAUGCUAAACCGAAUUGUGGAGAAAGACUCUGUUAAAUGUGCACAAUACUGGCCAAUAGAUGACCGAGAGAUGCUGUUUGAAGAAACUGGAUUUAGUGUGAAGCUCCUGUCUGAAGAUGUGAAGUCAUACUAUACAGUACAUCUACUACAAUUAGAAAAUAUCAAUAGUGGUGAAUCCAGAACAAUAUCUCACUUUCAUUAUACUACCUGGCCAGAUUUUGGAGUACCUGAAUCACCAGCUUCAUUUCUUAAUUUCUUGAUUAAAGUGAGAGAAUCUGGCUCCUUGAACCCUGACCACGGGCCUGCAGUGAUCCACUGCAGUGCAGGCAUAGGGCGCUCUGGCACCUUCUCUCUAGUAGACACAUGUCUUGUUCUGAUGGAAAAAGGAGAUGAUAUUAACAUUAAACAAGUGUUACUGAAUAUGAGAAAAUACCGAAUGGGACUUAUUCAGACACCAGAUCAACUCAGAUUCUCUUAUAUGGCCAUUAUAGAAGGAGCAAAGUGUAUAAAGGGAGAUUCAAAUAUACAGAAACGGUGGAAAGAACUUUCUAAAGAAGACUUAAGUCCUGCUUUCGAUCAUUCACCGAACAAAAUAAUCAUUGAAAAGUAUAAUGGGAACAGACAAGGUCUAGAAGAAGAGAAACUGACAGGUGACCGGUGUACAGGACUUUCCUCUAAAAUGCAAGAUACUGUGGAGGAAAGCAGCGAGAGUGUUCUACGGAAACGUAUUCGAGAGGACCGAAAGGCUACCACAGCUCAGAAGGUGCAGCAGAUGAAACAGAGGCUAAAUGAGACUGAACGAAAAAGAAAAAGGUGGUUAUAUUGGCAACCUAUUCUCACUAAGAUUGGGUUUGUGUCAGUCAUUUUGGUUGGCACUUUGAUUGGCUGGACACUGUUUUUUCACCAACGUGUCCUAUAAAUAAAGUUUUGCCUGGCAAGCUUCUGCACUAGUAGCUGACAGUGCUGCGUUAAUCUCAAGGGUUUGUUUGUUAGCAGCAAAUGCCUCAUACCCAAAAUCGGUGCAGUAGAAUAGACAUCAGCCAGAUAAGUGAUAUUUACAGUCACAGGCCCAGCAUCUCAGGAUCUUCACUGCAGGUUCCUCUGAAACCCAAACUGUAAACUACUCUAAAAUAAAGACAUUGGUGUUUGUGAGAAACUGGUACAUUUUGCAGCUGUAUUCACACAUGUCAAACGUAAUAUUUUACCUGACCAACAUUGAGAAAUCCUUUAUUACAAGGAUUGGUUUUGGAGGCUAUCUGGAUUUUAACCUGCAUUUGAUAUAAGCAAUAAAUGUUGUGGUUUUAUCUACAUUAUUAAUGGAAAGAAAAUGUCAUUUAAAUAAUGUGUGUAAUGUAUAAUGUACUGUUGACAUGGGCAUCAACACUUUAUAUACCUAACCAUUUCAGGGUAAAGAUAAUUUUAUAAGUAUUUAAUCUUUUGUAGUUAAGUGUACUUUUUAAAAUCUCUAUUUGAAGUCUUACCACAAAACAAUAUAAGUUGUAUGUUGGUUCAAUUGUAUACUGGAUACAUUUUUCCUUUUCCUAAAAAAAGUUUGAUAUGAGCAGUUAGAACUGUGAAUAAGCAAUUUCUAUGCAUAUUUGCAUUUCCUUUAUGUUUUACAGUUAGCCCUGUUUAAAAAAGAAAAGUCAAAGGCACAGUGUGUAUCUUUGAAGGAAAAUUCUUAUUGAAUAGUAAAGUAACAAUUUGUCAAAACUUUGUAAAAAAAAAAUUGGUUUCUGCCAGGUGUGGUAGUACACACCUGGGAAGCUCAUGCAGAAGGAUCAGAUCACAAGUUUGAGGCCGUCCUGAGCUACAUAGUGAGUUCGAGUACAGCGUGAGCAACAUAGUGAGACUCUAUCUCAAAAAGAAGAAAGAAAAAAAGAAAAGAAACUGAAUUCUGUAAAGCCCAUGCAUGAUUUAUACUGUUUUGGGUUUUAUUUUUGUGUUUUUUUUUGUUUUUUUUUUUUUUUUUUGUGAAAUUUUCAAUGUAAUUAUCCUAAUUUAUAAUUGGGGUAAGUCAUGGUUUCAUUUUAAGUAAAAGAAGCAGUAAACUUCAGUUCACUAGACUGAAGUUUUGAAGUAAGAUUUUUUUCAAGUUCUCUUUUCUUCAAUAAAUAGUGACAUGAUGUGUAAACCUUC